AUGAAGAAUUUUAUAAUUGCUAUCAUUUUAAUUUUCUUCAUUGUUGGUAAUUGUCAAAUAUCAAAAAAAAUUAUUACAUCUAGGAGAACCGGUAGGGCCUCCUCUCUUCCAGCACAAGGAGAUUUCAGAUCAUUUGAUGGUCCCAGAUCAGCAUGGACAGAUGCCUUCCUUACGCCCACCACCUGGGGUUGCCGGAAGACUGAAUAUGGCGAAAUUAAGGGAUUUUAUGGAAUUGGUCAGAGUAGCAAAACACAAACAAAUGCUGGCCGUGCACUAAUAACAAUCUUAGUUUUAAUAAUACCUCAAUAUUUGUAUCAGACAAUUUGUAUUGUAAAUGAAUUAUAA